AGAGCAUCCAAGAAAAAACAUACAUAAUCCACCAACCAUUUCCUCUCUCAUUUUUCCUUCUUAGUUUUCAUCAUCAUCCACAUCUGAAGGAUUAGAAAAAGAAGAAAGAUGUCAAGGGUUCAUCCUGCCGAUCAGAGCAAUUUCCAGGAUAAUUUGUUGGUGAAAGAAAUCAAGGUAGAAGGUCCACCAUGUACUCUCACGGUGUGGAAGAGAUCCAGCAUGAGCUUCCAGGGUACAGAUGGUUUCACCGUUUUUGAUCAUCAUGGAAGAUUGGUAUUCAGAGUUGAUAACUACUCCCGGAAAUACCCUUGCGGUCUGGCCGGAGGGCUCGUCCUCAUGAAUGGCGCUGGAAAUGCUUUGUUAACUUUGAAACCUCAGAUAAUGAGUAUGCAAUAUCAGUGGAAUGCAUACAGAGGAGAUCAAGAGAUGAGGAGAAGAAAAUGUAAGAAGUCCAAAGUGUUCUCAAUGAGAACCCCAUCGCUACUCUUCCAGAGACAACGGAAAGACCAGGCAGAGGUAUUUCUUCCAGGGCUGAGUAAAAAGGGUCAGGUACCGGACUUCAGGAUCCAGGGUUCCUUCAGGUCCCGGAACUGCCUUAUCAGGACGGCUACCGGAGAAGUGGCGGCCAAAAUUACUAGGAAAAGAGUAAACUCCACUGUUUUGCUGAGCGACGACGUAUUCAGCCUGGUGGUACAACCUGGAUUCGAUAUGGAGCUUAUUAUGGCUUUUGUUGUUGUUUUGGAUCGCAUCUGUGCCAACCCAUUUACCCCAAUUUUGUGUUCCUAAGAUUGAUAUCUUUUGUCCGUCUGAAGAGGAAAAAGAAAAAGGAAAACACCAACACUUGUACUUUUUGUACAGAAUUAAAGGAAGAAAGUUAGAUGGUCUCAUUUUUCUCCUGUUCUUAAAUAAUAGAAUGAGUUCACACGGUAAUGCUCUGAAGCCAUUCAACCCUCAGCUUCUCCGUUCACCAAGGAAAUUAUGCUUCAAAAACCAUUCCAGGAUCGAUUUUGUUAUAUGUAACAAAGUGGUAGCAUGAAA